AUGAACACAGCAAUGCAAUUUCAAAAUACAGAGAUGGAGAUACAACAUGGCAUGAAGCUGAGUUUGUUGAUUCCCAGAUGGGCCUUGUUGACUUGCUCCUUGUUUUUUUGCCGGAGUAGAGUCAUGCAACGAACAGAUUGGGACCACCUGCCCCUGGGGGUGCUGGAUGCUUUGCAGGAGGUGGCAGCUUGGGAUGAGGGCAGCAAUGGUGCAAACUUGAAAGUGCUUCGAUUGGUAAACAAGCACUGGGAGCACUGGGCCAGAGGAUCUGUCACUGACCUGUACGUGCACGGAUAUGCACCGCUGCGGCAAAUUGCCAGCACGAUCGGAAGAAAAUUCACCAGGGUUCGGAAGUUGAGCCUUUUGAAGUAUAGGGGGGGGAUCAGGGGUGAAGCCAAGGCACUGGCAGGCUUGGGGGGAUUGAUGCAUCUGGAGCUUUAUGGACAUGAGCUCGCUGCUGACGAUUUGAGGUACUUGGGGCGGCUGACAGGGCUCACUAGCCUCGACGUUUCUGCUUCACGGGAGGCGAACCUUGUGGAUAAGCGUGACCGCAUCUUUGGAAGCACAGCAGGAGAAGGGGUGAGCCAUUUGGUGGCGCUGACUGCGUUGAAGCACUUGUGGUUGGAUCAUUAUGCCAGUGUGUCUGAUGAGUGCAUGAGGUGCCUGGGGGUGCUUACGGGUCUGGAGUCGUUGAGCAUGUGCUACUGCAGGCACAUCACCAACGUGGGUGCCGAAAACUUAGGGAAGCUCACAGGCCUGACACGGCUGGACAUUUCCUUGAAAGCCGAUCAUUCUGAUGCUGUGCCCAUCACAGACGCUGGCUUCAAACACGUGGGGCAGCUUUCUGCCCUCAAGCACCUGUUGCUCCAAAAUUGGAACAGCAUCGCCGAUGAAGACCUCGGACAACUGGGGAAUUGUGCAAGCCUUCAGCAUCUAGAUAUCAGUGGGUUGCACAAGAUUACAUAUAUGGGCUUGCAGCACUUAGGGAGGCUAGCUGCCCUGACUUCAUUGUUUUUGGACGAUUGUCACAUUUCGGACAUUGGAUUGGCAGUCAUUGGCUUGUUAACAGGGCUCCAAUGCUUGAGCGUGCAAGACAACCCAGAGAUCACGAAUGCGGGCAUGGUACACGUGGGGGCCCUUGUAGGCCUGACAAAACUGAGUGUGGGACUGUGUAUUGGAUUAUCCAAUGAGAGCUUGAUGCACCUGGGCCGAUGCACACGGCUUCAAGAAUUGGACAUCAGCAGUAUAGGAAAGAUAACAGACGUUGGUAUGUGGCACAUGAGGCAGUUGAAUGCCCUCAUUUCACUCAAUUUGGAGAAUAACGACACAAUCAUGGGCUCAGGAUUUGUGAACAUUGAAGCUGCGACAAACCUCCAGUCCUUGAACCUCAACGCAUGUAGCAAAAUGACUGAUGUGGGUAUGAAGCCCAUGGGGCAAUUCACCCAUCUCAGGCAAUUGACUUUGAGCCAUUGUCCAUUCAUAUCUGAUGAAGGAUUGGCCAAAGUGGGAGAAUGUACCAGACUCAAAUAUCUCGACAUCAUGCGCUUGGCAAGAAUUACUGAUGUGGGUAUGCUACAUGUGGGGAAGCUAAAAGGGCUGACAUUCUUGAAUCUAAGGAGGUGCUACAAUGUUUCUGAUUCUGGAUUAGAGCACAUCGGAUCGCUGUCAGACCUCCAGCAUUUGGACUUGAGUGUGUGCCGUUGUGUCACCAAUGCUGGCUUGGAACAUGUGGGUAAAUUGGUCAGCCUCCACAGCCUAACUUUAUCCUGGCUUUGCCACAUCACAGACCAAGGGCUGGGGCAGCUAAAGGGCCUGACAGCGCUAAAACGCUUGGGCUUGGUGAGGUGCGAAAAUAUCUCUGCAGAUGGAGAGAAAGCUUUGAGAAAAUGUCUGCCUUCCCUGUAG